AUGUUGACAGAAGAUUUGGCUGAUAGAUCAGAUAACGAAAAAUUGCCAUUAACUGGGCGAUUGACACCGGUUGGUUGUUCGUCAGAAAGCGAAUACGGAAAAGGUACAUUAGAAAAUAAAGGCGAUGAAUUAGGUAAACUUCAAUUAUUAGCAGAACACGAGAAACUAAGCGCCCACUUAAGUGCUCUAACACGCCAUUUUGCACAUGUACAAUUGCGUUUACAACAAGUUGUCGGCUCUUCGUUAGAAGAUCGUGAAGUAUGCUCAGCAUAUAUUCUUUAUUUACUUUCUUAUUCUAUUUAUGUCCAUCCGUUCUUUUCACAGCAUUUACUACACGAAUUACAUGAAUUUGCCUCGACUGGAAUUCCCGAUAUUAUUUGUCAGCCAUCAAAAUACAGUCAAGAUAUAAAUAGUGAACAUUUGAUUGAAGAUGAAAAAAAUCGUGAACGAGAAUUCAUCAAUGAUCUAAAACAAAAAUUGGAUGAAUUAGAACGAUAUGCACAGGCAGCUGGUAGUCUCGACGGGUGUCCAACAUCAGUAACAAUUGAAAAACAAAAGGUUCUUAUUGAUCAAUUACGUGAAAAAUUAGAUUUACAAUUAGAUGAUGUAUCCGUAUCGAAAUUAAGUGCUGAAGAAUUACGAAAAUUGGUGGACCAAGGCAUUCAUCAGUUAACAAAUCCUGUAAAACUAAAAGAGAACUUAAUAGUUCAAAUGCGUACUCAAAUUAACGAUUUAGAAAGUUUUGUCGAAUUUCUCAAAGCUGACUCAGGAAAUACUGUUACAUCAAAUACUACUGAUCUUGCUCAAAAUUCGAGUGAGUCAGCAAAAUUAUUAAAUGCAUCAUUACCCACGACAACAACGAUGGUGAAUAGUAAAGUGUUAGUAAAAUCGAAUAAUACGCAAACGCCAACGAAACCACCACCAGUAACCAGACAGCAACCACAACAGUCAUCAUCAAAUAUAAAUACAAAUUUUACGCAAUCAUUUAAAAAAUUCGUUAUAUUAACACAACUGUACACAUUUUUACUUGUGACCUGUGGUACACGCAAUAUGCAAAAGAAAAAUGCAUCACCCUCAGCAACAGUAAUGAAAAAAGGAACAAUUGCUAAAAAACAUUUUGGGGAUCUACGAGCAAAGCUUGAAAUUGCUAUUGAAAAAGUCCUUAAUGUAAUCCGUCAUUCUAAUUCAGUAAUGUCACGCAAUAAUAAUUAUACUGAUGAUGACGUUUCAUCAACAAGUAGCGAGGAAUACGAAAAUGUACGUAUAGUACAAUUGCGAAGUCAAAAGGAAGAAUAUGACUCAGAAGAAGUUGUAUUGGCUGUACGCCAAGUUCUUGCGCCUGCCUUACAAGCAUUAAUGGAACAUGGUCUUUACGAGAUAAACUAUUCUACAAGUCUCGCAGCAUGGGGCUGCUUUGCAACGCGAGGUGGUAGUGUAUUGUAUAAAGAUGAAACAAUGCAUGUAUGGAAAUUAUUUUUACGAUAUUAUGCCAUGAAGCAUGGAAAUGAUUUUUCUAACAGUCCAGCCAGAAAAUUAUCACAAUCAUUUUCAUUAGAUGUUAUUGGAGGAAAGCCCAUCACACUUAAGCAGUGUUUACUUAGUGCAAUAGAUACAGUUGUGAAAUUACAUGAAAAACAUAACAAAUCAAUGGAUAGUUGUUUUAAAGCAUUCAUUUGUCUGGCAUUAAAUGAAAAGAAACUUGUAUCAUUUUUGCGUGUGUUGAUAAAAACAAUUCCAUUGAUUGAAAACUACUAUCAGUCAUGGAGUUACACAAAGACAACUGGAUUUAAUGAUGCUUUACAUGCAUUGGAUCGUUUAACAUCAAUUGAAUUUCAUUUACCAGUUGAUAUAUCCGUACGACGUUUCGUGAAUAUAAAAGAUCUUUAUGAAUGA